CCACGAGAACCAGUCGUCCCUUAAUGCCGAUGCGAGACACUCGCGUAGAGAUAUCUCGUGAAAUACUUCAGUACGGCUGAAAGUGGCCAGAAGACCGGAGCCGUUCGCUCCGUCGUUGUUAACCGAAUCGAAAAUUCGAUUUUUCGUUUUUUUGAUUUUUUUUUUCCACAAAAAUUUACAACAUCUUUCGUUUUUCCGCUCAUUUUUAAAAUCCGUUGAACAGUGUUCGGAACCAAACUGAAUAGACGAAAAAAAACCUGAUACAAUUAAAUAUCGAGAAGUUCUGUUUGAAUAAAAAAAAGAAAAAAUAAAUAAAUAAACUUGCCUAAUUUUUGGAUAUAAAAUAUUGUGAAAAUUUUAUUCUAAGGAAAUGGUGCGAUGAGAGUUUGCCGUUUGUACGUCGAAGAAACCGAGGAGUAGUUAUCGAAAUUUUUGAAGCCCGCACGUCAGCUGCAGCGGAUUUCAUUUCUUUUCUUUCGAAUUACUUUAUUCAAUUUUCGUUUCGUCAAAAAUAUAAUGGUGCCGACAAUAAACUUCACAAAUGUAUCGCUCUUAAUUAUCGGGACGCUCAUUAGCCUAGCGUCUAUGGGAUCUGCAGCAACGGCCGUUUACGAUCCGGACGAAGAAAAUUUUCCACCAUCGUGUGACAGUCCCGUUUAUUGUCACGGUAAUUUACUCCACACCGUGCAAAUGGCGGCUAUAUACACGGAUUCGAAGACCUUCGUGGACACCAAGAUGAAAUACGAAUUGAACGAGACGUUGAGGUUGUUCGACGAAUUUAUGGAGAGGACGGGGGGGGCGCCGAGCAGAUCGCAGGUUGAAAUUUUCGUCAACGACACCUUCGAUCCUCCGAAUUCGGAACUGGAAGUAUGGGCGCCGACCGACUGGGUGGAGAACCCCAAGUUUCUCGACGACAUCCGCGACCCGAUUUUGCGACAGUUCGCCGCUGAUUUGAACCACGUGUGGAAACUCCUCGGCAGAAAAAUGAAGGAGGAAAUAAAGGAGAAGGAGGAGCUCUAUUCCAUCAUAUACGUCCCGAAUCCCGUGAUCGUUCCCGGCGGAAGAUUCAGGGAGUUUUAUUACUGGGACUCCUACUGGAUCAUCAAGGGGUUGCUCUACUCCGAGAUGCACACAACCGCCCGAGGCAUGAUAUCGAAUCUGGUAAGCGUCGUUGAAAAAGUCGGUCACAUCCCGAACGGGGGUAGAGUUUAUUACAAGAGAAGAUCCCACCCCCCACUCCUGAUAAUGAUGGUCAAGGCGUACUUGGAUUUCACGAACGACGAAAAUUGGCUUGCUGAAAAUAUGUGGCUUCUGGAGAAGGAGUUUCAGUAUUGGAUGACCAAUCACACGAUAACCGUUGAAAAGGACGGGACGAAUUACACCCUCGCAAGAUAUUACGAAAAGUCCACCGGACCGAGACCGGAGUCUUACAGGGAGGAUUACGAGUCAGCGCAAAUCUUCACCACUCAAGCGGACAAGGAGAGGUUCUACAGGGAGUUGAAAUCCGCGGCCGAAUCCGGAUGGGACUUUUCCAGUCGCUGGUUCGUCUCGGAGGGUACCAACAAAGGAAAUCUGACGCACACGAAAUCCACCAACAUAAUACCCGUCGAACUGAACUCCAUACUGUACGGGAACGCGAUGAUGCUCGCCGAGUUCAGCGAAAGACUUGGCAACUCGUCGAGGGCCGAGGAAUAUUUGAAAAUAGCCGAUCAAUGGAGGAAAGCUGUUACGGCGGUUCUGUGGCACGAAGAAGUAGGCGUGUGGCUCGACUACGACAUAGCGAAUGAAAUCGAGCGCGAUUAUUUCUACCCAACGAACAUCGCACCUCUUUGGACUUUCUGUUUCGAUCGAGCGGACGCGCAGCAUCACGUUUCCAAGGUCAUGAAGUAUCUCGAAAAAACUCAGAUAAUGAUCAAUUACGGUGGUAUGCCUUCGACCCUCGAACACACCGGUGAACAAUGGGACUACCCCAACGCGUGGGCGCCACUCCAGUACAUCAUGAUCGUCGGUUUGAACAACACGGGGGAUCCGUGGGCGCAAAAAUUGGCCUACGAGUUGGCCGAACGGUGGGUCAGAGGCAACCAGAUCGCAUUCAACGAAACCGGUCACAUGUUCGAAAAGUACGACGCAACGGUAUUGGGCGGUCACGGUAGUGGCGGGGAAUACGAGGUCCAAUUGGGUUUCGGUUGGUCGAACGGCGUUGUGCUGGAACUCAUGCAGAAGUACGGAAGCCAAAUGACUGCGAGGGAUGAAUUUGAAUUUGGGAACAGCGGAGGCGGUGCUUACGCUCAACAACCAUCCGUAUCUUCCAUGGGUCAACUUCUGACCGGAAUUCUAGUCCUCAUCAUAUCCUUGGCGACAGGAUUCAUAGGUAUGGUGCUUUACAAGAGUCGUCAUCAAUACGGUCCUUCGCCGACCACAGCUCCUAACAAAAAGAAGUCGAGUAACACGACUCAAGGAAGUGUGCACAGAAAACGGGUCGGUUAUACCGAGCUGAAGGAUCUGAAUUACGAUUGAUACAUGCUCAAUGAUUAGUUAGAUUUUGUUACUUUCUUUCUUUGUUCGUUUUUCGUUUUUUUGUCUUUUUUUUUCAAGAGAGAGAGAGAGAAAAAAAGAAACAAAUGUACACUGGUACAACGGUGUCUGUGACAUACCCAUAUUGAGGCUGACUUUUACACCGAUCUGAGCGCUUUAAAUAUUAUGACAAAAUAUUAUUAUUUUUUUUCUUCUGCGUGUAAUGAGGAGUUGACACAGCUCGAUAAAAGUCCUAUAGAAUUAUCAAUAACUGAUAUACAUGUACAUAUAUUAUAUUAUAUUAUAUAUAUAAAUUGUAUCUAUACGAAACAUAAGUUAAUUAAUUGGUAUUGCUUUACGCGUAUAACUGAACAAAACGAAACAAAACAAAACAAAAAAAAAAAGAACAAAGAACAUAAAAAGUUAAAAACGAACGACAACGGCAUAGAGAAACUAGCUCGAAUAGGUAUUAUUAUUGUUAAUAUUAUUAUUUGUCUUUCUUUUAGUCAAAUUAAUUUAGCUAAGAAACAAACGAAGAACAUUUAUAAAAUUGAAUCAACUGGAGCAACAAUCUAACUGACAGUGGUUUGAAAAUGAGAACAAAAAAAACGAAAGAUGGAAGAAGAUAAAAGUGGGGAUGAUAAUUUAGAAAAAAACUAACACGAAGUGCCUCAGUACAUAGUACGAUAUACUAUAGUAUAAAUCACGAUCAGUUUUAUUGUUAGUGAUAAUUAGUUUUAAUAAUUUUCAUCCAAUUUGACAUUGUCGCGAAAAUUUUAUUUAUAAUUCAACGAUGAAAACAAAAUGGUGGUCUAAUUCGAAAAACUCUUUUACUUGAUGUGAAGACGGUGAAAAUUGUGAAACGUGAAAAGAAAAGGAAAAAAUUUGAACGUAAUGAGAAGAAAAAUUGUCGCAAAAAUUGGUCUGGAUGAUAGAAGUGAAAAUUUUUUUUUCAAUUUAAAAAGAAAAAAUGAAGCUGAAAAAAUCAACGGAAUAGCGAAAUGUAGAUAAUUACCUGUAGAUUACGUAGAGUAAAUAUGAUGUAAUUUAAUUCUAAGUAAUUCACAAAUAUUCAGUCACAAUCAUGAUACCUAAUAUUAUACAAGAAAAAAAAACAUUUUACAUAUAUAUCACGGUAUCAUAAUAUUUACAACGCAGGUAUAAUAAUGAUAGAAAUGAUAGAAAAGAUGUAGUAAUAAUUAUAAGCACGAUACUAAUGAUGCUAAUAACAACAAAAAAUAGGAUAAUAAUGUCUGAAUUUGAUCGGUAAAUAAUAAUUAUUAAUUUAAUAGUUGUUCCUAUUUAGUUAAUAUACUCGAUAGAAGCCGGUCUCAUAAUAGCGAGUUUGAAUUUCUUAUACAAUAAUUGAAUGAAUAUUAAGAUGUGGCAAGAGUAGAUAAAUAAAUUGAUGGAUGAAUAAAUGAAAACGAUUAAAUUUUUGUUUUUUUUUCUGCAAGUUGUACGUUCUAUUUUAAAAUAGUAUAUAAUUUCGAAUGACGGUAUAAAUAUUAAUCAAAACUGAUAUAACGUCAAUAAUAAUUUACCUUCACGUAUAAAUGUUGGUAUAAAAUUAUAACCACAAUGUAUAAAUAAAUAUAUAUAUAUGUAUACGCGUGAAAAGCAAGAAUUGGAUGAAAAUAUAUAAUAAUCGACGUUAUUAAUCGCCUAGAUGGCAUACCGAUAUCAUCAUUAUUAUAACCGUAGCUUUUUCAUAUUGAAACUGUAACUUAUAACUAUAUAUGAUAGGCACAUACCCAUGUACAUGAUGAUAAAUAUAAUUUUUAAUUAAAAUGUC